GGAAUUGCCACUAAUACCACUUUCCUAAUACCACUUUUCAACUUUACACUUUUCAAAUUUACCUUUAAAAUUUUAGUAGGUAAAGUACCAUUAUACCCUUAUUUAAUCAAACAUAAACAUAAGUCUUCUCCCACAAGAAAUUGAAAAUUCAAAAACCCCUAAUCGAGAGAUUGAUUCCGGCGAUCGAGAGAUUCCAACGAGAGAUCGAUUCCGGCGAGAGAGAUCGAUUCCUUCGAGAGAGAUCGAUUCCGGCGAGAGAGAUCGAUUCCGGCGAGAGAGAUUCGAUCCGUCGAGAGAGUUUCGACGACUUCAGCCAUUUUCACCGGCGAGAUUUGAUUAUUCAGGCGACAUUGACGUCCGACGAGAUUUGGCGUAGACUACAAGCUCAAUCGAAUCAAUCUCUCUUCACGAACGUAACAAAGUUAUGGUGUUCGAAAUUUGUUCUAUAUGUGGAGAAUGGAAACUAAUAAAUGGAAUUCACUGGGAUUUCAUAGUGGAUGAUCAACGAGGAUCCUCUCUUAGUAUGAUUCAUGAAGAUAUCAGCUACAAUGAUUUGAUUGUGGCUGUUUUAGAAGAUUUUGGAAUUGAUGGCAACAGAAACAGUGUAAAUCUUAGCUAUGCCUCACCUUCAAAAUUAAACUUUGGUACAAAAGAGCUUCCUCCAGCAUUUAUUAGGAAUGAUCGUCAAGUAACAUCUUAUCUGAGCAAACUUAAGGAGAAUGGAGACCUUCAUCUAUGUGUAACCAUUAAGAGAAGAACUCAAUUAUCACCAAUGAUUAUGUCAAAUAUGAUCCAGCCACGGGGUGGAAAUAGUAAUCAUGAUUUGCCUAUUGCUGGAACUAGUAAUCCGCGUGAGACAGGAACACAAAAAUCACCAUUGAUUAUGUCAAACAUGAUUCAGACACAAGAUGAAAUUUCUAGUACUCAUGAUUCGCCUAUUGCUGGAAGUAGUAAUGUAUUUGAGAGAGGAACAAAAACACACGCGGAGACUGAAUGGAACAGCAUUCAGAGAGUUGACGAAGUCUCUGGUAUACAACAUACUUGUAUUAGCGACAGUCUUAUUUCUCCUUCAAGUGGUCUUGUUAGCAAUAAGAGAGGAUUGGACUCGAUUGGACUUGCUGUAUAUGGGUCUGGAAAGUCAAAAUUGCCAUCUUUCUCCAGUAGACGUGGUAGAGAAAGCAUGGGAGAAGAUAUCUUGUCUCCCAGUUGUGGUGAUGAUGAUGAUUUGUUCUGCGGGAAGUUUUUCAAGGAUAAAAAGGAAAUGAGCACAAAGUUGAGGUUGCAUGCAGUUAGUAAAAGCUUUGAGUUCCACACAGAAUAUUCAGACAAAACACGUUAUGUUCUUAGUUGUGUGGAUGAAAGAUGCAGUUGGAGUUUUCGUGCAAAAUCAGUUAAAGGAUCUCAGAGUUUUUUUGUUCGUCAUUAUGUAUCUAAACAUACUUGUGACACUUCUCUGAGAACUGUUAGUCAUCGGCAAGCUACUGCAAAAUUGUUGGGAACUAUGGUCAGCAAUCAUUAUGAAGGAGGAAAGAUUGGGCUGAAACCUAAACAGAUCAUGGAAAAAGCUAGAAAUGAUCAUGGUGUUGUGAUUACAUAUUCAAAGGCUUGGAGGUCUCAAGAGCACGGCCAAGAUAUAGCUAGGGGUACUCCUGAUGACAGUUAUGAAGCUUUGCCCAGUUGGUUUCACAUGAUAAAAGAAAAGAAUCCAGGUUCUGUGACUUUUAUCGAAGUUGAUGCUGUUGGGAAAUUCAAAUACGCAUUUUUGUCGCUUGGUCCAUCUAUCAGAGGGUUUAAGUUGAUGAGGAAGGUACUUUCUGUUGAUGGUGCCCAUCUGAAAUCAAAGUAUAAAGGGACUCUACUUGCUGCCACAGCACAAGAUGGUAAUUUUCACUUGUAUCCUAUAGCUUUUGCUAUAGUUGAUUCUGAGAAUGAAGCCUCAUGGAGUUGGUUUAUGAAAUGUCUGAAAACCAUCAUUCCUGAUGAAGAGGAUUUGGUUUUUGUCUCUGAUCGUGCGGCCUCUAUUGAAAAAGCUCUUUUACAACAUUAUCCUGUUGCUCACCAUGGAAUCUGCAUCUUUCACUUUCAAAAGAAUGUCCAGGACAAUUUCAAAAGUUCAACACUUGUCCCUUUGGUUGUUGAAGCUGGUUAUGCCUACACCAAAGCUGAUUUCGAUUGCUAUUUUCAAGAGAUUGAGGAGUCCGACAUUGUAUUAGCAGAUUAUCUUCGUAAAGCAGACUUCAGGAAGUGGACCCGAGCUUAUUCUCCUGCUAAUCGCUUCAACAUCAUGACGUCAAACUUGGCCGAAUCUAUAAAUUCUUUGCUGAAAGUGAGUCGUGAGUAUCCAAUUGUCUGUCUUUUUGACACUAUUAGGAUGAUAAUGACUAAGUGGUUCACUGAACGACGUGAGGAAGGAGUUCGUCACAUGCACCCUGUCACUGUCGAAGUGGGGAACAAGAUGAAGGAGCUAUAUGAUUUUACGUCUCGCUUCCUUGAAGUUUCCAAAAUCAAUGAUUCAGAGUUUGAGGUUAAGGGAGAUACAAGAGAUCAAGUGGUGAAUUUUCAAACAAGGCAUUGUUCAUGUUUUGUGUUUGAUAUUGAGAAGUUUCCUUGUGCUCAUGCAAUUGCCGCUGCAAAAUCUGGGAAUAAGCACGAAAAUGAUUAUGUCGAUGAGUUUUUCUCCAAUGAAAGGUUUACACUAGCAUAUUCAGAGAGUGUAUAUCCUGUUGGUGAUAAAACAUAUUGGGAUAUUCCUCCCCAUGUAGCUUCGUUUGUUUGUCGCCCUCCAUCUACACGCUUUCCUAGUGGGAGGAGGAAAAAAAAGAGGAUACCAAGUUCGUGGGAGUAUGGAAAAUAUCGGCCCAUAUCUAAACCAUCACCCAAGGCUUACAAAUGCAGCAGAUGUGGACAGAAAGGACACAACAAAGGUAGUUGUGUAAGGCCUAUUUGAUAACAGAGUAGUAUAAAAACUUGUGUGCAAUUGAUUAUUUUAUAUGAUGUUAUAAGAGAGAAUUGGAAUCGAAUAGAUUUUGGGGAACCUUUUACUAUUACAUUUUAUCGUUUUAUAAUGAUUUAUAAAGUUUACAGGUGUCUAAUAGAAGUUAUGUUCCUUUUAUUUUUACAUCUAUCAUUUUAUAAUGCUUUAUAAAUUUUGCAGGUGUCUAAUAGAAGUUAUGUUAUUUAUUAUACGAAAUGUGUGGUUACAUAAACUACCCUUUAUAAAUCAUUAGGAUUCAGAUUAAUUGUAGAAAUUAUAUGUUCGUUUGAUAUCUUAGCUUACUUGCAUGAACAUAAAUAAAAUAUGUUUCCUUAGCAAAGGUUUAAGGUACAAACCAAAAUAUAUUUUCCUCAUCAUGAAGGAUUAAGGGACAAGCCAAAAGAUGUUCCUCAUUGAAGACAUCAUCAAAAGAUAACACACUAAAACUGAAAAAGUUCCAUAGAUAUUUGUUAAAAGUACUAAAAAACUGAAAGAGCUUCAUUUCUUCAAAUUCGCGAUGCUUCUAAUCGGCAUUUUUAAGAUCUUCCAAAACACUUCCUAUCACAUCAUCAGCUGAAUCUUUCUCAAAUUGUUUCUUUUGUUUUUUCGAUUUGGGGGUGCCAACAUUGUGUUCCUUUAUAAGCAUAACAAUUAAGAAAAUCAGAAAUGAUAAUUGGAUGUAGUCAAUGAAAUUUGAAAGAAUAUUUUAUAAACCAUUAUACAUAGA